GCCGUUUUUGCGCCCGCGGUCAGCAGGACCUCGUCGCCUCUAAAAGCGACAGCGGCCCCUCCGUUGCUCACAGCAGCGACAAACAUGCAGUCCCUUACGUGCGUCCUCGGGUUCUUCCUGCUGCCCGCGCUGCUGGCCGGAGCCGCCGACCUAACCAGGCAUACUCCACCAGGACUGAAAUGCACCCUUUCGCCAACCACAUGUCCCGUCUGCCCGGAGAACGUCCCGACCGACGUGUGCGAGUACGGCUUCGUCGCUCGUGUCAGCACGUUGACUCCAUUCCGCAAAGUCGGCCAGCGGGAUCUGUGCGGACGACUGAGGCUCAUGUCUGUCCUCGUUGGACCUGAGGAUGUGGUCUCUAGGACUCCCGUGGUGUCCUUCAAGGAAGGAUGCACGUGCGCAGCAGCGCUUAAUGCCGAGGACCAGUUCUACGUGCUGCUCAAGGAGGUGCCGGGCGUCUACGCUACCAAGCCGACGCAGCUGGUGCUGGACUCCAACGUGACUGUGCUGCCGUACACGUUCGAGCAGUCCAGGGCGCUCCACCGGCAGCUGACCGAGUGCAGGACGGCGCAAAAACGAAGCGACUACGGCUACGGAGGUAGUGCCUACACCUCCUCCUCGUAUAUGGUCAAGACGAUCAAGUACUACUACCCCGCACCCUCGUACGGUAAGCCUGCCCGUUCAGGUCAGGCCUCAAGUUAUGCUGCUCCAAGUUACGCCGCCCCGAGCUACGCGGCGCCAAGUUACUCAGCCCCGUCAUACGCUGCCCCCGCCUACUCCGCUCCUAUGUACAGCGCACCAGCAUACGCUGCCCCUGCGUACAGUGCUCCCGCCUAUGCAGCCCCUAGCUACAGUGCCCCUGCCUACGCCGCCCCUAUGUACAGCGCUCCCGCGUAUUCUGCUCCUAGCUACAGUGCCCCUAUGUACGCCGCACCUAGCUACAGUGCUCCGUCAUACUCAGCCCCGAGUUACAGUGCCCCAGCUUACUCGGCCAUGAGUUACAGCGCACCUAGCUACAGCGCUCCUGCUUACUCUGCCCCUAGCUACAGCGCUCCCGCUUACUCUGCACCCAGCUACAGUGCCCCCGCUUACCCUGCACCUAGCUACAGUGCCCCCGCUUACUCUGCCCCUAGUUACAGCGCUCCCGCCUACGCUGCACCUAGUUACAGUGCCCCCGCUUACUCUGCACCUAGUUACAGUGCACCCGCUUACUCUGCACCCAGCUACAGCGCCCCCGCUUACUCUGCCCCUAGCUACAGCGCCCCCGCUUACUCUGCACCCAGCUACAGUGCCCCUGCCUACUCCGCACCUAGCUACAGUGCACCCGCUUACUCUGCCCCUAGUUACAGCGCUCCCGCUUACUCUGCACCUAGCUACAGUGCACCCGCUUACUCUGCCCCUAGUUACAGCGCUCCCGCUUACUCUGCACCUAGCUACAGUGCCCCCGCUUACUCCGCACCUAGCUACAGUGCCCCUGCUUACUCUGCCCCUAGCUACAGCGCCCCCGCUUACUCUGCCCCUAGUUACAGCGCUCCUGCUUACUCUGCACCUAGCUACAGCGCUCCCGCUUACUCUGCACCAAGCUACAGCGCCCCCUCUUACUCUGCACCAAGCUACAGUGCUCCUGCAUACUCUGCUCCCAGCUACAGUGCACCGGCACCUAGCUAUAGCGCCCCUGCCUAUUCUGCUCCUAGCUACAGUGCUCCUUCUUACGCUGUUAUGACUUACAGCGCACCUAGCUACAGUGCGCCAUCUUACUCUGCCCCAAGUUACAGUGCACCGGCGUACUCUGCUCCUAGCUACAGUGCACCAGCGCCUAGCUACAGUGCUCCCGCUUAUUCCGCGCCUAGCUACAGCGCACCUGCAUACUCUGCACCCAGCUACAGUGCUCCCGCAUAUUCUGCGCCCGCUUACAGUGCUCCAGCACCGAGCUAUAGUGCUCCCGCUUACAGUGCUCCAGCACCGAGCUAUAGCGCUCCCGCUUACAGUGCUCCAGCAUCGAGCUAUAGCGCUCCCGCUUACAGUGCUCCCUCAUACAGCGCUCCCUCGUACUCAAUGCCUGCUUACAGCGCUCCCGCACCUAGCUACAGUGCUCCCUCAUACAGUGCUCCCGCAUACAGUGCCCCUGCACCCAGUUACAGUGCUCCUGCAUACUCCGCUCCCGCUUACAAAGCUCCAGCACCUAGCUACAGUGCUCCUGCAUACAGCGCCCCUGCACCAAGCUACAGCGCUCCCGCAUAUUCCGCUCCCGCUUACAGCGCUCCCGCAUACAGCGCCCCGGCACCAAGCUACAGCGCUCCCGCUUACUCCGCCCCUGCGUACAGUGCCCCAGCACCCAGCUACAGUGCGCCGGCAUACUCAGCUCCAAGUUACAGCGCCCCAGCCCCCAGCUACAGCGCCCCAGCUACUUAUGCACCUGCUAGCUACAGCGCUCCCUCUUAUGCUCCUCCCGCAUACAGCGCGCCGUCAUACGCCGCCCCUAGCUACAGUGCCCCGACUUAUGCCCCAGCUAGUUACAGCGCCCCGUCCUAUGCUCCUCCCGCCUACAGUGCACCCUCCUACGCUCCACCGGCCUACAGCGCACCGGCCUACAGCGCACCGGCUUACAGCGCACCAGCCUACAGCGCACCAGCCUACAGCGCACCGGCCGACAGCUACGGAGGCGGUGAUGACAGCUACAGCGGUGCCAGCAGCUACCCAGCGUCCUCGGUGAGCUACACGUACGUCACGUACAUGCCUCCAUCGUACGGCGGUGUCAAGGGCUACGAAGGUGAGGCACCCGCGUACUGAGCUCGGCCCUGCAAGAGCCCGGCGAUACCAGCGCGCGCUGCUGUUCGCACGGACCAAUGAACUAGUAAAAAAGACGAACUUUUUC